CAACCGAUUGCCAUUAUUGGAAGCGCAUGCCGCUUGCCUGGCAGCGCAUCUAGCCCGUCGAAAUUAUGGGUGUUACUUCAAAAUCCCGUUGAGUUACUGAAGGAAGCGCCACGAGACCGGUUCAACUGGGAGGGCGUUUAUCGACCCGAUGGACUUCACAGUAGUUCAAAGACGAAGGACGGAUACUGGCUGGAAGAAAAUAUUAGGCAGUUUGACCCCCAAUUCUUCAACAUUCCCCCUGCGGAGGCUGAGACUCUUGACCCCCAGCACCGAAUUCUUCUGGAAAAUGUGUAUGAGGCUAUGGAAUCAGCGGGGCUCACUCUAGAAGAUUUGCAAGGGAGUGAUACGGGAGUCUUCGUGGGGUUAAUGGGAUGCGAGUAUUUCGAUAAUGCCACAUUCGAUCUCGAGGCUUCCUCUGGCCAAAUGCUUACUACCGGCACGGGCCGAAAUAUGGCAGCCAACCGAAUUUCCUACACCUUCGACUUCCGAGGACCUUCAAUGACCAUUGACACGGCAUGUUCCUCAAGCAUGAUGGCAGUUCACCUGGCCGUAUCUUCCUUGCGGCGGGGGGAGUGCAAAGUAGCAUUUGCUUGUGGAGCUUCUUUGAAUUUGGUGUUCCGCAGCUUUGUUUCCCUGACUAAAAUGAAGAUGAUUAGCCCAGAUGGCCGAAGUAAAAUGUUCGACGAAACAGCGAAUGGAUACGGAAAGGGAGAAGGGGUCGCUGUUGUGUGUCUGAAACGCCUGGAUAUGGCCAUUGAGGAUGGUGACUACAUUGAAUGCAUUAUCCGAGAGACUGGCACGAAUCAGGACGGACGCACAAGAGGAAUUGCCAUGCCUAGUGCGGAAGCGCAGGCUGAUUUGAUUCGCCAGACAUACAGACGGGCGGGACUUGAUCCUACUCAGAUCGGCUCUAGACCUUCAUUCUUCGAAGCUCACGGCACAGGCACACCUGCUGGCGAUCCCGUUGAGGCGCAAGCUGUUGAAGCUGCAUUCUUCCCACCGGACCAAGAAUAUGCGGAUGAUGAGAUACUCUACAUUGGCUCCAUCAAGACUGUCGUUGGGCACACUGAAGGAACAGCUGGCAUUGCGGGAAUGCUGAAGGCCGUUCUUGCAGUCCAAAAUGGAGUAAUACCCCCCAACCUGCUGUUCUCCCGCAUGAAUCCUAGCGUGGAACCUUACUCGAAACACUUACGAUUAGUGACGGCGGCAAACCCUUGGCCACUAUUGCCUGCGGCGUGCCCACGAAGAGCUUCUAUCAAUAGUUUCGGAUUUGGGGGCAGCAAUGUCCACGUCAUACUCGAGAGUUAUGCAGAUGCUACGCGUCGCCGUAUUGCAAGCAUGACUUCCGUUGGUUCUGCCGCCCUCCCCAUCUUCACGCCAUUCACCUUUUCCGGGAUCUCUGAGCGCACAUUAGUGUCAACCCUGGAAACGCUGCUCCAAUAUCUCAAGGAUCAUUCUGGUAGCGUUAGUCUUCGAGACCUGGCAUGGACGUUACAGUACAAGCGCUCUCAGUUCCCUUUCCGAUGCGCAAUUGCUGCCCGAACCUCUGAAGAGCUCCAGCAGAAGCUCGAAUCCACCAUUCAAAUUGCCACUAGCAAAGGAGCCGCUGCAAUCUCAACCCGGGCAUCCUCAAUAGCAUCUCCUCGGAUAAUGGGUAUAUUUACCGGCCAAGGGGCGCAAUGGGCUACCAUGGGGAAAGACCUGAUUGGGAGAUCAGCGUACGCGCGGGAGAUCAUCGAGAAGCUUGACUCUUCCCUUUCCUCACUACCAGUGUCAGAUCGACCCAAGUGGAAACUCAAAGAGGAGUUGAUGAUCGACGGCACUCAGUCGCGCAUGCAUGACGCUACGCUAUCCCAGCCGUCAACUACCGCCGUUCAGAUUCUCCUAGUCGAUCUCCUCAGGGCGGCUGGGGUGAAGCUCCAUGUCGUUGUUGGUCACUCUUCAGGUGAAAUUGGUGCUGCAUAUGCUGCUGGUUUAAUAAGUGCCGAACAUGCCAUUAAGAUUGCUUAUUACCGUGGACACCAUUCUGGGCUAGCUGCGGGGAAAAAUAAUCAGGCUGGAGCAAUGCUCGCUACUUUUAUGACAGCUGAGCACGCGACGGAGCUGUGUAAUGACCCGGAUCUCCUGGGUCGUAUCUCCAUUGCUGCAUUCAACAGCCCGUCGAUAGUCACUUUAUCGGGCGACGCUGAAGCGAUCGAUGAGGCUGCUACGGUACUUGAGCGAAGAAAGAUAUUCGCGAGGCGGCUCAAGGUCGACAAAGCAUACCAUUCUUAUCACAUGAGCGCCUGUGCGGUUCCAUAUUUGCAGUCUCUGGAACAAUGCGGAAUGUCGCCGCUGGCUCCUCCCGAGGACGCUCCGAUGUGGUUCUCGAGUGUUCAUUGUGGAAAGCGAAUGGCUGCAGGCAAGAAACUACGCGGGUCUUAUUGGAUUGAGAACCUGACUUCCCCUGUGCGAUUCUCUGAAGCCAUCACUACCGCCAUAUCAGAAAUGGGAUUGCCAGAUCUUUUCCUUGAAGUUGGGCCACACCCGGCUCUGAAAGUUCCUGUUCAACAAAUAGUUGGAGAGACCGCGAAGAGUGACAAUGCGUACAUCGGAUUGAUAAAUCGAGGGCAAAACUCCAAAAUCUCAUUUUCCAAUGCGCUUGGAAAUAUCUGGUCUCGGUUUAGCCGAUCCGCUGUGGAUUUCAGGAACUACGAUGCCAUGCUCUCAAAUGGGCCGAAACCAACACUCAUCAAAGACCUUCCCACCUACCCUUGGCAACACGACAAAGAAUACUGGUGGGAGAAUCGGUACCUUCGUAGACGCUUCCAAGAAACGCUUCCACCAAGUGAGCUAUUGGGGCACUCACUUUCGAUUGGAGCACAGCAUGAGGCGAAAUGGCGCCAUUUCCUAAAGCCCAAAGAAAUUCCCUGGCUUUUAGAUCAUAAGCUGAAUGGUCUGGCGGUACUUCCUGGAGCUGCCUAUGUCGUGAUGGCAACCACCGCUGCUGAGCGACUAUUCCAGAAACAUCCCAUCGAAGUCAUUGAAAUAGAGGAGAUUCACUUUCUCCUUCCGAUUAGUUUUGCUGAUGAGGAUUCAGCUAUUGAAACCGUGCUGACAGUUACGACAAUCGACUUCACUCAAACUCGAGCAAAGGCUGACUUUUUUGUCGAUUUCUGCAGCCAUCAGCGGAGAGACGAGAUGAUGACCGCCGCGCGGGGCAAGCUCGUUGUCCGUUUUGGUAUUGAUUUGGAUAGAGCGCAUCCCGAAGGGGUCACUCAGCAUUCGAUUCUAGUUACUGUGGGUGUGGAUCUUUUCUACCAAUCCUUACGCGAUGAAGGUUUUACCUUCACUGGACCCUUUCGAUCCAUCACCUCCUUGCGGCGCCGGAUGGAUUUUGCUGCCGGUGAGAUUAGAUCGUUGCCAAGUGAGAUGACUUUUCACCCUGCAAUGCUUGAUGGCCUUCUUCAGGGAGCCUUUGCAGCACAUGGGUUUCCUGGGGAUAGCGCCAUGCCAAACUUCCGUGUUCCAUCAUACAUAAAGUCUAUCAAAAUCUUUCCAACUCGAUGUGGAGAGAUAGCCGGAAUGUAUAAGUCUCUCCGGUUUGAGGUAAUGAAGACUGGAUCUCAAGAGUAUGGGGGCUUACUGUACAGUCCCGGGGGCGAAGGCGCCACAAUCUAUGUCGAAGGACUCUCCCUUGCGCCUUUCCAUUUCUCCACCUCGAAGGACGACUUGAAAAUGUUUUCUGAGGUUGUUUGGAGGCCAUGCAUUCCAAACGCUCAGCUGAUAACUUCAAGCUUCGUUGUGGCAUCGGAGCAAAUGCGAUUGGCUAAGCUUAUCGAGCGGGUGGCACUCUUCUAUCUCCGCACGCUCAAUAGAAUCAUUUCAUACGAAGAGGAACAACGCGCGGAUCAACCUUUACGGCAUCUACUUGAAUACGCUCGCUUGGUUUCGGCUGAGGCGUUGCUUGGACUGAAUCCACAUCUGGAACAAGAAUGGCUUCAGGAUACCGAGGACGAUAUAUCGGAAAUCGUGAAGGCGAACCCUGGGUCGAUUAACCUUGAACUCCUUGAUUUAGUAGGGAAAGCGUACCCUUUCAUCAUUUGUCGUCAGGAAAACGCCCUUAGCACGCUGAUGGAAAAUGAUAUGCUCAGUAGACUAUAUCGAUAUGGCCUAGGAUUUCCGGAGACAAAUGCAUGUCUUGCACGUGUUGUCCAGACGAUCUCUAAUCGAUCAUCAAACAUCAGGAUACUCGAGAUUGGAGCAGGAACCGGUUCCGUGACGGGCUCGAUCCUAGAAUCCGCAGCCUAUUCUUCGUACACAUUCACGGACAUCUCUCCUGCGUUUCUUGGAUCCGCGAAGCAGCUGUUCAGGCGUUUUGCAGAUAAGAUGCUCUUCAAGACUUUCGACAUGGACAAAGAUAUCGUUCAGCAAGGGUACGACGUAGGGUCGUUCGAAGUCAUUGUGGCAUCAAACGUCCUCCAUGCCUCUGCAGAUGUGCCCAAGGCACUGAGAAAUAUUCGAGCACUCCUACGACCUGGGGGAUAUAUGGUGUGCUUGGAAUUGGCCAAGAACAGGCAAGCAUUCCAUACCACUAUAAUGGGGGGAUUGCCAGGCUGGUGGCUGGGACAUGGCACGGAUCGAUCAUGGUCUCCAGCUUUGAAAGUGGAACAAUGGGACAAAUACCUUCGAAAAUCCGGUUUCGGAGGAAUCGACGCAAUCACACCUGUCCUCGAUGAGCUGCUGUGCCCAUAUCAUGUCUUUACGGCCCAGGCUGUGGAUGAUCGAGUCAUGGCCAUUCGGAAACCUCUUUCUUUCAGCCUUCCAAUGAGUUCUGAUAGUUUGAUGAUUAUUGGGGAAGACCCGAUUGAGCACAAGGGACUCAUUACUGGCAUCGAAAAUUUGCUCUCUGCUUCUUUCAAGGAACUUACCCAAAUUCCUGGCUUAGAGGACUUAAACCGGUGUGGCACAAUCCCCUCCGUUGUUCUCUGCCUCGUCGAAUUGGACAAGCCACUGUUCCUAGACAUAACCCCAGCAAAACUCGCGACACUACAGAAACUAUUCACCGAGGCCACUGACAUAGUUUGGAUUACUAAAGGAUGCAGGGUUCCAACCAGCAUAGAAGCAGCCUAUGGCAAUAUGAUGGUUGGUCUUGGUCGAAGUGUCCGGCACGAACUGCCUCAUCUUCGACUUGCGUUUUCUGACUUCGACACCGUUGACUCGGUGAACGCGCGGAACCUGAGCCAGGAAGUGCUUCGAUGGUACAUGCUGGGACAAUGGGCGGCAGAGGGGUGGCGCGAUGAUGUCCUUUUCGGUCAUCACAAUGAAACUGCGGUGGAGGAUGGCGUUAAACUCUACCCAAGUAUUGUCCACUCUAAGGCACGAAACUUCCGCUACAAUGCACAACACCGCCGCAUCACACACGAUGUUCGACCGCAUACGACGCCGGUGGAGUUGCAUUUCAAGGACUCGAACGGUCUGUACAACCUUCGCGAGGCACCUCAUACCCCAUCACAAUCCGUCGGGAACAGUACUCUUUUCGUAAAGAUGUUGUAUUCGACUCUUUACGCCACCAAAAUUUCGUCUAUGGGCUAUCUCUUUGUCGGCCUCGGUAUCAACCUGAGAGGAGACUUCACGAUUGUAUUCUCCGACACAAUCAGUUCCUGGGUAGAAGUUCCUCGCUAUGCGGUGCAUGCUUGUAGCCCAUCGAAAGGCUUCGAGAAACAAUAUUUGCAUGCAUUUGCCUGCAAUCUGGUAGCAGAACGCGUCAUCAAGGCGGCUCGGACCAGUGGUCAUCUAAUGGUGCUCUCUGCUGACCCACUGUGUAUGUCUUUUAUUGAAGAGAGAGCUUCUAAAUUAGGCAAGAAGGUGGUAUUCAUCACAAGCAUUCCUCUUUUCGAACGCGAUCGGGCAAUUUUCGUGCACCCACAUAGCCUGGACGUCAAAAUUCGGCAGAGCAUUCCAGAAGGGGUAUCUGUUCUGAUUAACAUCUCUAACCGACCCCAAGACGAAGUCCUAUUCAAGCGAGUGAGUUCAAUGUUUGAAUCGCGAUGCUCGAAACUGAAAGAUUCGGGUGCAAUAUUUAAACCCCUUUCAUCGGGAUACGACAGCGUCUCGGAUUCGAGUGCCUCUAGUCGGAUCGUGGGAAAGAAUGUGGAGGAUCUGGAAGCUUUGCCGCCCACAAUGUAUGAAGCAGUCGACGUUUAUUCGGUCAGUCCGAAAGACCUAGCGCAACGGCCACUGCAGAAUUUCUCUUCGAUUCUUGACUGGACUGCAACAGACCGCAUACCAGUUAGCAUACAGCCGGCUUCCGUUGUUGUAAAGUUUUGCCCCGAUAAGACCUACCUAAUCAUAGGAACUAGCGAUAUUGCUCGAUCUAUUUGUGAAUGGAUGAUAGUGAAUGGGGCUAGAUAUGUUCUUAUGGCAAGCCGCAACCCGGACAGCCUUUCGGGCUGGGCCAAGGAUAUGGAGUCUAAAGGUGCAUUUGUAGAUCUCCAUGUUGCGGAUGUCACGUGCGAAUCUUCGAUACGGGAGAUGAUUGUCUCCGCAAAGAAAGGCCUAAACGCACGCAAGAUUGUUAUGCCACCCUUCGGUGGUAUGAUUCACUUGGCUCUCGUGCUUAAAGACGCUGUUUUUACCAGGAUGACCUUUGAGGAACUUCAGGCCGUCACGGAUGUCAAGGCAAGGGGAAGUCGCAUUCUGCAUGAACAACUUCUUGACGAGAUGCUCGAUUUCUUCAUUAUGGCGUCAAGCGUUUCAUAUGUUCUCGGCAAUCCUGGUCAAGCAAACUAUAUCUGCGGAAAUGCUUUCAUGGUUGGGCUAUCAAAGUAUCGAAGAAGCAUUGGUUUGGCAGCCUCGGUUGUUGAUCUUGGCCGUGUGACUGGUAUUGGGUACAUCUCUCGUUCCGAGCGUGCAAAAGUCAACGAGUUCAACUCGGAGGACAUUCGAAAACGAGCACUAUACCCCAUUUCGGAACGCGACCUCCACCAGAUCUUUGCAGAAGCUGUCUUGGCCAGUCCACACGACUCUAGAUCAAGUCCAGAGAUAAUCACGGGCUUACGAAAUGUCGAGCCAGAUAUGUUGCCACAUUCUCCAUGGGCUAAUGAACCCAUGUUUGCACAUCUGCUCACGCCGGAAUCAACGGAUACUACCAUGAAAAGUAAACCCCAACUCUCAGUGCGAGAAAAACUUAGCGAAGAGCUUUCCUCUGUCUCUACAACCUUGGUGGAAGACAAUGUCUACGACAUUGUUCGAUCGGCAUUUAUGGAUCGUCUCAGCGUUCUACUUCAGAUUGACGUAGAGGAUAUUGAUGAGUCUGUUAGCCUUCUCGAUCUGGGCAUCGAUUCACUAGUUGCAACCGACAUUGGCAGUUGGGCGAGAAAGGAGUUGCGAGUACAAGUUCCACAUUCGAUGGUGUUUGGUGGAGCAAGUGCGUUGGACCUCGUGAAAUUUGCGGUGGAGCAUUUGGAUCGA